AUGGCACUUGCCAAGGACAGAAUACCUCAUGACUCAAAAAUGGGCUUGGUUCAAGCCAACACACAUUAUGGAAAUGCUUUUGGAGGGCCAUCAGUUCAAAUUUCUGAGCUUUCCUCCUCUGUGCUUUAUGGGUUUGAAGAUCAUCACCACAAGAAACUAGUGUUUGAAGAAUUAGGUGACAACAAAAAUGUUUCAGUGAGCCAUUCCUCUUCACAUUCCAGUCCAAGCAGCACAAAUUCAACUGGAAUUGUGUAUCAUCAACAGGCUAUGAAUUACCAACAUGAGGAAGCUCAUUCUGUAAUUAACUUCAAAUCUGGGUAUCACAGUUACAUUCAUACUGGUGGAUCUGUACUUAGCUUCCAGCAAACUGAAAGGAUUAAUCCUCAAUCCUCUUAUCCAACAAUGUGUUACCAAGAUCAGUACACAAAUAUCUGGGAAGAAAAUUCGAGCCCUGCACCCCAGAGUCAGUUGAUCAAGUACCCACGCCUGCUGGGCAGUUUGAAUUGUAUCCAAACUGCUAGCAACCAUGGAUCAACGAGCAAAGACAACCACCAUGAGGACGAGCCAUUUGAGUGGCUCAACACCGACGCAGACGAUGUUGAUGAUGAUGAUGGCGCUCAGGAGCUCAGAUCAGGAGAACCAUCCCUCCAUAAGCGUAUCCAUAUGGGAGAGAGCAUGCAGCCUUUGAAGAAGCAGUGCACUACAGCUGCAACAAAGAAGCCCAAACCAAAGUCAACUCCAGCAAAGGAUCCACAAAGUAUUGCAGCCAAGAAUCGUAGAGAACGGAUCAGUGAACGGCUCAAGAUUCUGCAGGACCUCGUCCCCAAUGGUUCCAAGGUUGAUUUGGUUACCAUGUUAGAAAAAGCUAUUAAUUAUGUCAAGUUUCUCCAAUUGCAAGUGAAGGUAUUGGCAACUGAUGAAUUUUGGCCAGUGCAAGGUGGAAAAGCUCCUGAGCUUUCUCAAGUGAAAGAAGCCAUUGAUGCCGUCCUUACAUCUCAGAGAGACAGCAUUUCAAGCUCAAAGUGA